AUGGCCGAGACGCCGCACUCUGCGAACGACGGCCAAGCUGGCAAUGGCGACGCCUGGAAUGGUUAUAGGAAUCAACAACAGUUGUCGAUGCACGCAAAUCGGAGUGUGCCGAACCUGGCUUCACCGCCCGCGUACGAGGACGGCGACUCCGUGCCGCCGUUGCCGAGCCAAUACGACCCGACGGCGGCGCUAGACAGCUUCAAGUCUCUGCACGUCUCAGACCCCGUCGCGCGCGCCUCGUCGGCUGCCCCGGCCCGUGCGCCGUCCGUCGCGCCGAGCAUCGCGCCCAGCGUCGCAUCUGAUUCACGCUACUACGCCUCACGCGCCUCCGUCGGAUCCGACCAGGACGGCCACCACGCUCAUGCUGGCCUACCGUCGCGCGAUAUUCGCCCGCCUGGACGUGCGCAGACUCAGGCUCAGCCUGCUCAGGCUUAUAUUCCCGAUCCAUAUGCUCAGCAACAGCAACAACAGCAAUACGCCCAGCCGAACAACGGGUACUACGAUCAAGGGUACUACCAGCAGAGUCAAUACGCCCAGUCUACAUAUUCGCAAUCCGAAUACGGGCAUAAUCAGUAUUACUCUGCUGCGUCGGAUGUGCUUGGAGCACCCGCGCCGGGACAAUACGCCUCUCCGGACCCAAAUGCGUACGCGCAGUACGACCCCGCUGCGUAUGCUCAGUACGCCCAGCAACAGCAGCAACAAGACUACUACCAGCAAGGUCCACCAGACCCUCGUUACGCUCAAAGCGUCGCGUCGUUCGGCUCGAAUAACUCUGGUCCUUCGUCUAGCGCUGCGUCGUUCCAUUCUGCUGGUACACACGUCACGUCGCCUCAGGCUCCUUCUAUUGCGCCUUCUGUACAGUCGCAACAGGAGGAGCCCGAGUUCGAGCUCGGUGGACGGCCCGGUAUGGGCGGACGUGGUGACAGCGCUGCGGUCCUUCGUACAGCCAAAACCAAAGCCGUCGACUUGCGCGCACCGCCGUAUACGAAGCAGUACAUCGACGACUACAGGCAACGCAUCAAAGCCGAUCCGGAUCCCGAAGCCCACUUCGCGUACGCUCGGUACCUCAUAGACGCGGCGAAGAAGAUCGGCGGGGACGCGAAGGACCAGCGGGCCGUACGGAAGUACCGUGAUACGCUCAUCCAAGAGUCGUUGAAGACUAUCCGGCGUCUGGCUACGCAGGGACAGCCGUACGACGAGGCGCAGUUCUUCCUGGCGAAUUGUCAUGGGACAGGUAUGCUGGGAUUGCAGGUCGAUCACGAGAAAGCGUACCACCUCUACUUGCAAGCCGCGAAGCAGAACCACGCAGCUGCGACGUACCGCGUUGCAGUGUGCAACGAGAUCGGCGCCGGUACACGGAAGGAUCCCGCGCGUGCAUCGGCGUUCUACCGCAAGGCGGCAUCGCUGGGCGAUACACCGGCCAUGUACAAGCUCGGCAUGAUCCUGCUUCAAGGGUCUCUCGGUGAAGCUCGCAACCCGCGCGAAGCCGUCGGAUGGCUUCGACGCGCGGCGGAGCAGGCAGACGAAGAGUACCCGCACGCUCUACACGAGCUCGCAUUACUCCACGAGAACCCCAACGGUCAGAUCGUCCAAUACGACCCAAUCCAAGCCCGCGAGCUCUACACCCGUGCUGCCUACCUCGGUUACACCCAAUCCCAAUACAAACUCGGCCAAUGCUACGAAUACGGCGCGCUCGGCUGCCCCGUCGACCCGCGCCGGAGUAUCGCGUGGUACACUAAGGCGGCGGAGAAAGGCAACAGCGAGGCCGAGCUUGCGCUGAGUGGGUGGUACUUGACCGGCAGUGAGGGCGUGUUGAAGCAGAGCGACUCCGAGGCGUAUCUGUGGGCGAGGAGGGCGGCGAAUAAGGGCUUGAGCAAGGCGGAGUAUGCGGUGGGGUAUUAUGCUGAGGUUGGGAUCGGGAUCAAGCAGGAUGUUGAGUUCGCGAAGAGGUGGUAUAUGCGUGCUGCUGCUCAAGGCAAUAAGCGCGCGAUGAACCGUCUCACGGAGAUGAAGCGCCAGGGCAACAAGCGCUCGGCGAUCGCGCGGCCGACGCGCCAGCAGGCGGAGAAGGAGUGUGUGAUCGCAUAG